AUGGAGGAGUCUGGCCGCAUCAAUGUCACUAUGACCGGUGGAGAAUACGAACUCUUCAAGGAGGCCAAGAGGCGAGCAACCUCCGAGAAGCAAGCGACUGUAUCUCGACCACGACAAGCUCCUGCUGAAGCUUCCAAGGAGCCCCUCCCUGUCUCAGAUAGAGGCUCUAAGAGAAAACAGCCUGAGGUAUUUCCUCAAGUCCCUUAUCGUGAGCCCGGUGUGGGGUAUUAUCAGCCAGAGCCCCUGGGCCACAGCCUUAAGAAUGAACAGCCGCAAAUCUCCAUGGCUGAAAGUUCCAUGCCCAGAGAUUCGAAGAAGGAGAAGGCUCUCAUCAUCCCGGAAGUGUUCCCAGAAGACCCGGAUGAGAGAGUACCAUUCUCUGCCAGGAUUUUAAAUGAAAGAUUGCCCAAGGGCUAUAGGGCCCCGUCGAUCGGGGAGUAUGACGGGAGCAAAGACCCGGAAGAGCAUUUACACAAGUUUAAAAAUGCAGCUUUGCUGCACCAAUACAGUGAUGCUGUCAAAUAUCGAGACUCCAAGCGGGCUGCAGAGUUAGGCUUACCGCCGCCCGAGCUAGCCUCUCAAGUAAUCAAGAUGAUUGAGGAACAACGAACCGCGGCUAGACAGGCCGGGCAAUCCUACCCCGACCUAGCAGGACCCAGUAGUCAUCAACCUGGUCGGGGAAAAGAACCGGAAGGAUCACAGGAAGCCGAGAAUAGAGGCAAUGCCACCGUCCGAGAGAUAGGCAUGAUCUCUGGAGGGCCAACUGAUGGAGAUUCGGGGAGAGCACGCAAGUCACAUGUGCAUCAUUUGGAGGUGCACACUGUUGGAUGCGACCUUCACACUACCCUCGAAGAUGAGAACGAGGAGGAGGUGCCAAAGAAUGGGGAGGAUUUCGAUUUUGACGGAGCCGUGGUGGAGAAGGCAGCCGGCGCGAUCGGGGUCAAAUUAGGGUUCCAUGGGAAGGGACAGGGAGAGGGAUUGGGUGAUCGAACUCAUUGUUCUCUGGCUCCUUCCUCAACGCCAACGACCAGUCGGACGCGGUCGCGAAGGUGGGCCGAAUCUACUCCCGCGGCCUCCUGCCUCAGCUCAUCUCCUUCACCCUUUAUUACCCAAUGCGACGAUUCCUAUAGGCUCAAAACAUCAUCAACCCCAUGGCCGUCAUCGACGUCGCCGUCCUCCUCUUCCAUAUCCUCAUCUCCUAGCUUGCCGUCUUUGUCCUUGACUUCGACCUCCUCGGCGCCUCCAUCACUCUCAGCAUCCCUUGGUGGGUGCUCGUCCUCUCCACUUGGCUCUACAUCAUCCUCAUCCCUUCCUACAGGACCACCUGGACUGACCUCUCUAUUAAGGUCUUCACCGACAUCUGGCUCUUUUUCAAACUCACUGUUUCAUCAACCAUCAUGCUCGUGUAAGUCAACCCUCCAACUUUCUCCCCCUCUCUUCCUCUUCCCCCUCGCUCAAACUCACAUUCAUCAUAGCUUGGAGAUUUGGCACAUCCAAGGUUUCGUGCUGAUCACAGGCUACCUCCUAAAUCCAGAAAUCUCACUCAAUGUCAUAUCUAUCUGUGCAAAUUAUUGGAAUUGGGACUUCAUGAUCAUGCUCGGCUUGAGCAAUGCCGCAAGUGUGAGGAUAGGGAAUGAGUUGGGGGCUGCUCAUCCUCGAGUCGCUAAGUUUGCAGUCCUUGUUAUGGUGACGACCAACUUGAUCCUUAGCUUGAUCAUCAGUGUGUUGGUCCUCAUACUGCACACGCUCUUGCGCAAGCUCUACACCAGCAAUCAUUAAUCUAACUCCUCUACUUUCCAUCUCCAUUUUCUUGAAUGGAGGUUUGCCAAUUCUGUCUAGUACAACAUUGAUCUAAAAUUCUAUAAUUAUUUUUUUUAAUGGACGACUAGCUUCAAGUGUUCACGAGGAUGGAUGAUGUAGGAGUUGCUAUUGGAAGUGGGUGGCAAGGCAUAGUGGCUUAUGUAAAUGUGGGUGCAUAUUACCUGAUUGGACUUCCCAUCGACAUUGUUUUUAGAUUCAAGUAGUUUAGCUACUACUGUAAGUGAAAACUAAGAUUUAAAUUACUCUUUUGAUCUGUUUUGAUUUAGGAAAAAUAUUAAACAAUUGUUUUUGAUGCUGCUGUGGCUCAAGGAAUAUGGUGGGGAUUGAUCAUUGGAGUCUUUGUUCAAACGAUCUCUCUCAUCGUCUUAAUUGUCAGGACAAACUGAAACAGAGAAGUUCUCAAACUGUUGCUCACUCAUGAAACACUUUUUUUUCAUAAAAAAAUAUCAAAAUUUUCAUUUCUGAAAAUGGUGAUAGAAUUUUUUCCCUCUUUUAGCCUAAUGAAAUAGGACAUAUGAGAAUGACCUCUGUUUGCAAGUGGACAAAGCGAUCAAACGCUUGAAGCAUACUGUUGAUGAAGAUACUUUAGCGAUAGUCGAGGACAUCAAGUGACUAGUCAGCAAAAUUCUUUACACACCUACAAGGUAGAAAAUCUGCAAAAGCUUGGUGAAGAUGAAGAAUAUGCUCGAAUUAUGGCAAGACUAGAAGAACUAGAAAAGAUAGAGGAGCUUGAAAAUAGAAAUACUUCAAAAGAUAACACUCAAAAGAAUGAGCACAGUUCGUGAUGGAGAUGGGGGUAGCAAAGCUAGA